UGUCGUUAUCUUACUUUUUUUGGCGUCGACUUAGCAAAAGAAACUGAGGACAUCUGUCUCGGUGGAUAUCUGAUAUGGCUGGUUCAAGCACGCUUGAUGUGUUUGUGGGAAUUUUUUUAGUUUUACACGCUUUGGGAAGUGUUUUCCAGAUCACCAGAGGAGAAUUAACGGCGGAAGGAGCUGCUUAUUCAGUUCUUCGGGGAUGGUCACAGGAUGAUGAUGUCACUGUUGAGCUGUUGAGGAGGAGACGCUGGCUUCUCCAGGAGCCCCUCCCAAUGGAAAGUAACAAAGCCAGUCAAGACAGUUUGAAGCCUGAGUCUCAGGAUUCACCUGGUAUACUGACUGAUGACGACGCAGACAGCAGCUCCCAAAUAUUGGAGGACACUGAUCAUAACUACUACGCUUCAAGGACUUAUGGCCCCAGUGACCCUAUGAGCAAAAAUUUAUGGGUAAAUAUCGAUCUAAUGCACAAGGAGAAUGUGAAGAUUCAUGGCAUCCUGUCCAAUACACACCGACAAGCAGCGCGGGUCAAUCUCUCCUUUGAUUUUCCAUUUUAUGGGCAUUUAUUGCGAGAGAUCACUGUUGCAACUGGUGGGUUCAUCUACACAGGUGAUGUGGUUCACCGAAUGUUGACAGCCACACAAUAUAUCGCUCCACUUAUGGCAAACUUUGACCCCAGCCUCUCCAGAAAUUCAACUGUCAUCUAUUUUGACAAUGGAACUGCUUUGGUUGUCCAGUGGGAUCAUGUCCAUCUCCAGGAUUCUUUUAAUCAAGGAAGUUUCACCUUCCAGGCUACAUUACACAGUGAUGGGCGAAUUGUCUUUGCUUACAAAGAGGUCCCAGUGCAGAUUGCAAAGAUCAGUUCUGUCAACCAUCCAGUGAAGGUUGGACUGUCUGAUGCCUUUGUGGUGGUUCAUAAGAUUCAGCAGAUCCCCAAUGUGCGGAGAAAGACUAUCUAUGAGUAUCACCGAGUGGAGCUGUUAAAGACCAAAAUUACUAGCAGUACAGCUGUUGAAAUAAUGCCACUACCCACAUGUCUUCAAUUCACAAGCUGCACUUCUUGCAUAGCAUCUCAAAUUAACUUCAAUUGCAACUGGUGUCACCGGCUCAAUAGAUGCUCCAGUGGCUUGGAUCACCAUCGGCAGGACUGGGAAGAUAACCGUUGCCCAGAUGAGACUAAGGACAACACCUGUGACAUCAUCAGCACUACUGAUCUCAAUCUGCUGACCACUGUAUCAGUUGCUAAGAAGACCACAAGGAACAAAGGAACUACUGAGGGUCAAUCUACCCAAACUCCAUCACACGUGCCUACCAGCAUCCCAACAGAAGAUGACACCAAGAUUGCGCUACAUAUCAAAGACAAUAGAGCUGCUGCAGCAAAAAGUACAGCGGAGAACAGCACUCACCUCCUGCACAUGGGGCUGAUCCUUGGGAUGCUCCUGCUUCUGCUCGUGAUGGUGGCCAUCGUCCUGGUGACCGUCUACAUCUACCACCACACCAGUUCUGCCGCGGGACUCUUCUUCAUUGAGAGAUGUCCCAGCCGAUGGCCAGCGAUGAAAUUUCGCAGAGGUUCUGGUCAACCAGUAUAUGCAGAGGUGGAGCCUGUGGGUCAAGAGAAAGAAGGCUUUAUUGAAUCAGUGCAGUGCUGAGAUUUGACCUCUGACUUCUUAAGUCACACACAGCCCAGCAACCUUCCUGAUGUCUGUCUACAAAUUUACAUAUCUCUGAUCAUAAAGUUUCACCAACCCUCCAAAACACUGAUGAAACUGGAAACAGUGAGGGUGUGGUGACUGAACAGAAGAGGCAUCCAGAAACAAAUGCUUGGGACUAGCUUUUAACACUCAAAGCAAAACAAUCCACAUUCAGAGGAGACGUCUGGUAAUCAGCUGGAUGAACAGCGGCCCAGCAGCUUCUGCUCGCCUCAUGACAUGACUUGGGGAGCAGCUUUUGUUUGUUGAUUGUUUUCAGGAUGAGGUUUUGACCUUUCACCUUCAAAAUCAUCAUUGAACUGAAUGCAGGUAAACUUGAGUCUCUGAUUUGAUGUGCCUCUGAGAAUUUUUUUUUUUGCCUUUACAGUCUCUGAAAUGCACAUUCAUACAGUAUAUGUUUUGGAAAUCAUAUACAGACCUUUAUAUUAAACUUCAGAAGGGUUUUGUAGUGUUUUUAUCUUUUUUCCUGUUCCUUUAUGACUUCAUCUCUUUGAUUUGAACGGAUAUUUUAGGAGUAGGUGGAUGACUUUAGUUGCAGAUACUGUGUCUCCUCUUCUUGUUUUGAUGCAAUUGGAAAAUGUUCUGUGAACAAAUGUGUCAACAAUAUAGAUUAAUGUUUUUCAUCCAACCAUAUUCAACUAUUUAGGACAUUUUUGCACAUGUCCACUUAAGGCACAUAUAAUGCUUUUUUCCAAGUAAUUUUUUUUCUCAUCUUAUGUUAAUAAUGCAUAUUUACAGGACAGGUACUUGUGAGAUUGCUUGUGUGUGUCUUUGUUUAGAUUUUUUGUUGUAAUGUUGUGGUACACAAUGAUCCAUAAACAUGCUUUUGUUGAAAUCAAGCUUC